AUGACGCACCAACAAUUGGUUGAAUUCGCGAUUGGACUAGCUAAUAGCAAUCAGUGUUUCUUGUGGGUCUUGAGGCCUAACGCAGUGAAUGAAGACACAACGAUUCUUCCUAAAGAGUUUGUUGAGGAAACAAGGGAGAGAGGCUUUUUAUCUGGGUGGUGCCCACAAGAGAGAGUGCUGUGCCACCCUUCAAUCGGAGGGUUCUUGACUCAUUAUGGAUGGAACUCGACCAUCGAGAGCUUGUCAGCCGGAGUUCCGAUGCUGUGCUGGCCGUGCUUCGGAGACCAAACAACGAAUUGCAAGUAUAUAUGUGAUGAUUGGGGGGUUGGGUUGGAGAUGGAUGGUAAUGUGAAGAGAGAUAAAGUGGAGAGGCUUGUCAGGGAGUUGAUGGAAGGAGAAGUGGGGAAGAAAAUGAGACGCAAGGCCAUGGAGUGGAAGAAGAUGGCAGAAGAAGCAGUCGGCGAAAAAGGGUCAUCUUCCAUGAAUUUGGAGAAGUUGCUAGACGAGGUUUUGUCUAAAUAG